AUGCCGGCGUCGUGGAGGAAAAUAGCGGAGCUGAAGACGUGUGUGCCAAGCCUGCAUAUCGCCGCCGGAUUCUCGCAGUUAAAUGCCACCGACAACAUCUUUCCCCUCGAACUGGUCACCUUCUCCAAGGACGUCCCAUUUUCACCGAUGAAUCCGAGGCGUCCCACACCCAAAGGAGAAAUUCCCAGAGCCGUAUGCGGAUCUUGCCCGAAACUACAGGGAGGAGAUUCCGAUCCGGAGACAUUCACCCGUCUCCCCGAUGAGGAGGGUCCAUCGGCGUGGUGGGCGGUGCUCGUCAUUGGAGUGCUCCUGCUGCUGAUCGCCAUCUUUGCCGUCAUCUUCUGGCUGCUGUGGCGGAAGCGGGGCAGUGGAAAGAGCACG